AUGAAUUAAUAAAUAGUCAUACCAAAAUCAAUUUAUUUUAAAGAAGGUUCAUAUUAUCUCAUUAUAAAUGCGAAACCAAAUUCAAAAAUCAGCUAAAUUACAGGUAUUUCUGAUGAAGCUGUUGAUAUAAAUAUUGCAGCACCACCUAAAGAUGGAGAAGCAAAUGCUGAAUUAUGUGACUUUAUUGCCUAAACUUUAGGAGUAAAGAAAACAGCUAUUUAAGUUUAAAAAGGAGGAAAGGGAAGAAAUAAAUUAAUUUAAAUAGAUAGAAAGUUCAAAGACAUAAACGAAUUUUAUGAAAAGCUAAAAUAAGGAUUGUGA